AUGAACUACCAGCAGCAGCUGGCCAACUCGGCUGCCAUCCGGGCCGAGAUCCAGCGCUUCGAGUCUGUCCACCCCAACAUCUACUCCAUCUACGAGCUGCUGGAGCGCGUGGAGGAGCCCGUGCUGCAGAACCAGAUACGGGAACACGUCAUUGCCAUCGAAGAUGCCUUUGUGAACAGCCAGGAAUGGACAUUAAGCCGAUCUGUCCCCGAGCUCAAAGUGGGCAUUGUGGGUAAUUUGGCCAGUGGCAAGUCCGCCCUGGUGCACAGGUACCUGACCGGCACGUACGUCCAAGAGGAGUCUCCCGAAGGUGGAAGGUUCAAGAAAGAGAUUGUUGUUGAUGGACAGAGCUAUCUGCUGCUGAUUAGAGAUGAAGGAGGCCCCCCAGAGGCACAAUUUGCCAUGUGGGUGGACGCGGUUAUAUUCGUCUUCAGCUUGGAGGACGAAAUAAGCUUCCAGACCGUUUACCAUUACUACAGCCGGAUGGCCAGCUACCGGAACACGAGCGACAUUCCUCUGGUUCUUGUGGGGACCCAGGACGCAAUCAGCUCCACAAACCCGCGCAUCAUUGACGACGCUCGGGCGCGGAAGCUCUCCAACGACCUGAAGCGCUGCACCUACUACGAGACGUGUGCCACGUACGGGCUGAACGUCGAGAGGGUCUUCCAGGACGUUGCCCAGAAGGUUGUUGCCACGAGGAAGAAGCAGCAGCUGUCCAUCGGACCCUGCAAGUCCUUGCCCAACUCUCCAAGCCACUCAUCCAUCUGUUCAGCCCAGGUGUCUGCCGUGCACAUUAGCCAGACCAGCAACGGAGGUGGGAGUUUAAGUGACUAUUCUUCCUCAGUCCCGUCGACUCCAAGCACCAGCCAGAAAGAGCUCCGCAUUGAAGUUCCUCCCACUGCAAAUACGCCAACGCCCGUCCGCAAGCAAUCCAAGCGCAGGUCCAACCUUUUCACCUCUCGGAAGGGGAGCGACCCAGACAAAGAGAAGAAAGGCCUGGAAACUCGAGCCGAAAGCAUCGGGAGCGGUCGAGCGAUCCCAAUUAAACAGGGCAUGCUGCUGAAGCGAAGUGGCAAGUCGCUAAACAAAGAGUGGAAGAAGAAAUACGUCACACUGUGCGACAAUGGAGUGCUGACCUACCACCCUAGUUUACAUGACUACAUGCAGAAUGUCCACGGUAAAGAGAUUGACCUUCUGAGGACCACCGUCAAAGUUCCAGGGAAGAGGCCCCCCCGCGCCACAUCGGCCUGUGCGCCCAUCUCCAGUCCGAAAACCAACGGCCUGGCCAAGGAUGUGAGCAGCUUGCACAUCUCGCCAAACUCAGGUAAGGAGACCCCGAGGGUCACGGCAGUUGCGUCUGGUCCUCAGAUGGCAAGCGGCGUCAGCCUGGUCUCCUUCAACAGCCGGCCGGACGGCGUUCACCAGCGUUCCUACUCUGUCUCCGGUGCUGACCAGUGGAGUGAGGUCACGGUCAUUGCCAACUCAGCCGUCAGCAGUGAUACCGGGCUGGGUGACUCUGUGUGUUCCAGCCCCAGUAUCCCCAGCACCACCAGCCCCAAGCUCGACCCGCCCCCCUCUCCGCACGCCAACAGAAAGAAGCAUCGGAGGAAGAAAAGUACCAGCAACUUCAAAGCCGAUGGUCUGUCGGGCACAGCUGAAGAACAAGAAGAAAACUUUGAGUUCAUCAUUGUGUCCCUCACUGGCCAGACGUGGCACUUUGAAGCCACCACGUACGAAGAGCGGGAUGCAUGGGUCCAAGCCAUUGAGAGUCAGAUCCUGUGCAGUCUGCAAUCAUGUGAGAGCAGUAAGAAUAAGUCGCGGCUGACCAGUCAGAGCGAGGCCUUGGCCCUACAGUCGAUCCGGAACGUCCGAGGGAAUUCGCACUGUGUGGACUGUGAGACGCAGAAUCCAAACUGGGCCAGCUUGAACUUGGGCGCUCUUAUGUGCAUUGAGUGCUCAGGAAUCCACCGUAACCUUGGUACCCACCUUUCCCGUGUCCGCUCGCUGGACCUCGACGACUGGCCCAUUGAACUUACCAAGGUGAUGUCCUCCAUCGGGAAUGAGCUGGCCAACAGCGUCUGGGAAGAGAGCUGCCAGGGGCGGACGAAACCCUCGCUAGACUCCACAAGGGAGGAGAAGGAACAGUGGAUCCGGGCCAAGUACGAUCAGAAGCUCUUCCUGGCUCCGCUGCCAUGCUCUGAGCUGUCCUUGGGCCAGCACCUGCUACGGGCCACCGCCGACGAGGACCUGCGGAUGGUCAUCCUGCUGCUGGCACAUGGCUCCCGGGAUGAGGUGAACGAGACGUGUGGUGAGGGGGACGGCCGCACAGCCCUGCACCUGGCCUGCCGGAAAGGCAACGUGGUCCUGCUGCAGCUCCUCAUUUGGUACGGUGUGGACAUCAUGGCCCGAGAUGCCCACGGGAACACAGCGCUGGCCUAUGCCCGGCAGGCCUCCAGCCCAGAGUGCACGGAAGUUCUACUGCAGUACGGCUGUCCCGAUGAGCGCUUCGUGCUUAUGGCCACCCCAAACCUGAACCUGUCCCGGAAGAGCAACAACCGUAACAACAGCAGUGGGAGGAUGCCUACCAUCAUCUGA